GUCCUCCUCCGCUCUUCCUCGGCUCUGAUUGGCUGCACCUUUUGCGGGAGCUCCACAGCGCCGCUCGCUUCUCCGGGACGUGAUGGCGCAGAGAGAAAGCGCAACCAGGCCACCCAGCCGAGCUGGACCGACGAUCUGGAGCCGGAGAGGGCGGAUGAUGUGAUCGGAUGCGGGAGGCUGACUGCAGAUAGGGGCGAAGUGGCUCUUAAAAAGACGCUCCUUUGCUGCGGUGACUGCUCACUCGUGUCAUAUCGUGGGAGUGGAAGACGACCAAGGCUGAGCUUAGAGGUCAUUCUUUGUCGCGUUAAUCCAGUCAGCCAUGAUGUCAGUACAAACCCCUCCCCUCUCGCGCUCGGGCUCCUCACCCUCCAACGUGGGUCUGGCCAACCGCGGCGGCCCAUCCGCCCUACCUCCCACCUCACUCAGCCUGCGUUCCUCUUACAACCAGCUGCUCGGACGUGAUGUCAUCAAGGAGUCCGCUGGCUCGCAAGGGGGAGGUUCGGCCACCUUGCCCAAGAGCCGUCAGAGACACACAAUGACCAGCGUGCGCAGCGUAAUGGGCAUAAGUGAUAACCUGUCAUCGAAGAAUCAAACUGCUAGCAGGGGCAGGGGCCUUCCCACUAAGUCCUCAUCCAGUUCUGCCCUCUACUCCUCUUCCUCCUCAUCGUCACUUUGCAAUACAACCAACCCUAAACUGGCCAAGAAUGGAGCCAACAUGCAGAGACGUGCUGAGAGUCAGCAGCUGGAGCUGAGCAGAGCAAAUACAGAGGGCAAAAUUCACAACAUCCCCACGGAUAACAUCAACUCUAACUGGCCCGAGUUUGAGAAAGACAACUCCCAGCUGCCCCCUUUCCGAAGACGGACAAAGAGCUUCUUGGAGUACCACGACAAGGGCUGGGAUGUGAGCUCGGGAAACAACGAGAACAAGGAAGAGAUGAAGCAGCUGGCUUCGGCAGAGAAAGAGCAGGCUAGCCCGGUCAAGGAGCGGGAGAUGCAGAAGGAAGAGAAGCCCACCUGCGAAAGCUCUUGUGAGGAAGACAAAGAAGAGGCGGUGCCAGUGGUGGAAGAAGAGGAGGAAGACGAGGACGAAGCACUAACUGCAAGACAGCCUCUGUUACCGGUAGUCGUGGAAGCCCCGCUUUGCUCUUCCUCCUCUUCAUCCACUAACAGCCCAGAGUGGGAACCGGAAAGCCACCAGGCUACUGCCCACAUCAGAGAGGAGCACUGUGUCCAGGUUCAGGGAAGUCCGAGAAGUCCAGCAAAGCCGCCUCGGAGCUCCCAACCCAGGGUACUCAAGGUAGAGCUGCACCCCAACCACGAGAACCAGUUCCUGCAACAGUACCCACCAUCCUCCCCUAAGCAGCCAAGGUCCAGUGAGAGGAAUACCCCUACAAGGAACCGAACACCCACUGCCAUGCCCGAUCCCCAACCGGAGCUCGGGCUGCCCAAAGUGAGUUUAAGAAUGGAUCUGACUCCGGACACCCCAUCGGAGGAUGAAGACUCCAGCUGGACCACUUUGUCUCAGGAGUCACCCUCUCCUCAAAGUCCACAGGAGUCAGCAGAUGUUUGGGGCGAUGGGGACCUGCCCCCAGGGUGGCGGGAGAUCUCAGACUCGUCGGAGGUGUAUUUCUGGCACGUCCCCACCGGAACCACUCAGUACCACCGACCUGUUGCUUCCAGCAAGACCGAGAACAAGCCACAACAGGAGACGCACAACUCGCUGCAGCCACCCAAUGAGCGCCCAAGCAGUCUCAUCUCAGACAGUUCGGUGGAACCAGUCCCCUCCCCCUCUGGCUCCUCCCCAACCUCCCUCACCUCCACCUCCUCCAAUGAUGUCAUCUCUUCUGCACAGAAUCUUAACAGCACUCCCUGCACGGUCAGUGAUCUUAAGGACUAUCCAAUUUAUCCUGACCCCAGUCUGAAGGCAUUUGAAGGGGCCACCCUUCGCUAUGCUUCCCUCAAACUCAACCCUGCACUCCCAUUGGAAACUGUGGACCUCAACAAUACCUUCCCAGAUCCAGAAGCAAUGUCAUUUCCAGUACGGUCCUUGGGCUGGGUGGAAAUGGCGGAAAAGGACUUGUGUGAGGGGAGGAGCAGCGUGUCCGUCCACCAUUGCAUAAGACAGCUGUCCUACUGCAGGAGGGACAUUCGAGACUCAGCCGGAGUCUGGGGAGAGGGCAAAGGGAUGCUGCUGGUGCUUCAAGACCGCAUGUUAACUCUGGUUGACCCAGAUGAUCAAAGCCUCCUCCACUCUCAGCCAAUCAGCAGCAUCCGUGUGUGGGGAGUCGGACGUGACCAUGACAGAGAAAGAGACUUUGCCUACGUGGCAAGGGACAAAAACACGCGGGUGCUCAAGUGUCACGUGUUCCGAUGUGAUACGCCCGCCGCAGCCAUCGCCACAAGUCUUCACGAAAUCUGCUCCAAGAUUAUGGCUGAAAGAAAAAGUGCCAAGGCUGCAGCUGGCGGCUCCUCCCAGGCGGGCUCUGAUGUGCCCCUACAAGAAUUUCCAAUGCCAAAGACUGAACUGGUGCAGAAGUUCCACGUGUUCUAUCUGGGGAUGACAUCAGUGAAUCGGCCCAUAGGUAUGGACAUCAUCAACGGAGCCAUUGACAGCCUGCUGUCCUCCACAGGCAAGGAGGACUGGACACCUGUGAUUCUGAGCAUUGCUGACACCACUCUGGCUGUUAUCAAAGAAAAGGAGGAGGAGGAAGAAGCGUUGGUGGAGUGUCGGGUCCGUUUCCUAUCCUUCAUGGGAGUCGGGCGGGACAUCCACACGUUUGCCUUCAUCAUGGACACAGGAAACCAACACUUCCAGUGCCAUGUGUUCUGGUGUGACCCCAACGCUGGAUGUGUGUCAGAAGCCGUGCAGGCAGCAUGUGUGUUACGGUAUCAGAAGUGUCUGGUGGCGCGGCCGCCCUUGCAACGGGCCGGCUCCUCGUCCUCGCCUGCCGCCGACUCGGUAAGCCGCCGAGUGAGCACCAGCGUGAAGCGCGGCGUCCAGUCUCUGAUAGACACUCUGAAAGCCAAGAAACAGCCAUCAGAACUCCCUCAGCAAUGACCCUCAUCAGUGAGCACUGCACCACCCGCCCACCCAAACAACACGCGCCUCUGCUGCCAUGGUAACCAGUGAUGUACAUAUAUGUUAGCAAACACCAUUCUGAACAAAAACAAAAAAGAAAAGGAAACGAGAACAACAGUCAAAUGUGCCAGAUGAUGAAAGGUGUUUUUAAUUGAAGAGGAAUAGCUGGUUCAACUUUGACUUGCUCACUUAUUUGUCUUUCGGGGGGAAAAGUGCUCUCCGGUCACAAUGCUGCUCAGAAGUGAUUCAUGGAAUCACUUUCUACACUCGCACUCAAUCAGCAUCUGAGUGAAGGGCGGCGUCACCUAAGCCUCACGUUGUGUGUUACCAGAUAACCUUCCGGCAACCGCACUUGCCCACUAAUUGCCGUUUAAAUGGCUCCAUACGUUGUAUGCUGGUAAAGGGUUAGAAAUCACCCUCGCAGAUGAUUGUGUGAAUUGAUUGUAAUAAUCGAGUACUCUCAAUGGAAUAUGUGGAGGAAGAGGAUCAUUUCAGGCACAAAAGAGGGAGUGAUGAUAGAUGUGGGUUUUUGAUUCUGCAUGUUACCUUGAUGGUUUUAUGUUGAUGCGAGUCAGAGCAUUCACCAGUGGUGGAAACACAUCAAGUAGAUGCUGUCAGCACAAGUCCUCUCCAUGUGAGCGUAAGUGGAUGAACAUAGGCACAAGAAAAUAAACUCCUCGCCAUGGCUCCCAGCCUCUCAACAUUUUCAAUGUUGUUUUACAGGAAUGACUCUGAAAAUAUUCUCCAUAUAUUGAGUUGAAAAUAAUGUCACAUUGCAAGCAGUCGAAAUGUCACUAUGUCCUCAGGAAUCUUCACGUAGACACACAAAAUAUUUAUAUGGGCUCAAGAGAGGGCAGAUCAUUUCAUUGACAGUGGUGCCUUGAGAUACGAGUUUAAAUUUGACCGCGCUUUUAACUCAAAACACUCUCAAAUUAUCUUUCCCCACACAACAGAGGUUUUAAACUAAUAAUAAGGAAAGAGCACUCUAAUACUUU